AUGUCCUUCCCCAUCAUCGAUAUCUCGGGUAUCGACGACCCCAACCACCAAGUGUCCAUCGCCAACGAAGUUACCGAAGCCUGCAAGAAAUGGGGCUUCCUCUUACUUCGAGGUCACCCGAUUCCCACGGGCGAAAUCGACGAAAUGUUCGAUCUUGGCAGAUCCUUCUUCCAUCUCAAUGAAUCCGAGAAAGCACCCUACCCAAUCACGAAAAAAUCCAUUGGCUACAUCGGCAGUUUCCAAGACCGCGGCAAGGACGACAAGAUGUCAAUGUGGUUUGGUGGCGUACCAGGUGCUCUUGACUCGGAAAAGGACACACUGCCGCCUUUCUGGCGCGAACGUACUCAACGAGUCGAGCAAUUCAAGCACAAAUGCCAUGACCUGGUGGUGAAGUUGCUCGAGUGUUUCGCGCUGUCUCUGCGUCUAGAGGAUAGACGAUUCUUCGCGUCAGCGCACAGGGAGGACGCAGGUAAUGGGAACGCGCUACGAAUGUUGAUGUACCCUGGUCGAUCCGCGCCAGAGGACAUGACUGGCCGAGGCAGCCGUAUGGCACCGCACACGGACUCAGGCAGCGUGACGCUCUUGUUUCAGCGCGCGGCUGGCCUGGAAGUUGAGUCUCCGAGCGGUGAAUGGGUAAAGGCGCCGCAUAUUCAAGACUGUAUUCUCGUGAAUCUGGGCGAUGCGCUGAGUUUCUGGUCCGGCGGAAUGCUGAAGGCGACGUUGCAUCGGGUCACGUUUGACGGGGUGCCCUUCGAUCAGGAACGGCAGUCUAUGGCGUACUUUGGCCAGGCAAGCCCGGAGACCGUGCUCCAGCCUAUCACUGGCGGAGUGGUCGAGAAGUAUGUGUCGAAUGGCCUUGUGUUGACGCCGGGCGUGACGGUGGGAGAGCUGAGUAAGAUGAUCAUGAGUGGCAUUUAUGGCACGGCGUUUCAGGAGAAAGAGACGGAGAAAGACACGAAGCCACCAAUGGCUGCACCUACAGCUACAGCGGCGGUUGUGUAG